GGAGCGGUGAGGAAGGCCAUGUCAUUGGGGCCGCCGCCUCAUGCACUGGUCUGGAAAUCCGCACUUGCCUCCUAAUUUAUGACAAGCUAUUGACAAUAUAAGGCCACGGAAAAAGCUGAAAUGUUCGAGUGAUUUCCGUGCGUGCAUUCAUUGAUUGGAUAUGCACACGUUCCAAUCUCACUACUCGUUAUUUUGCAUCAAACAUCAAAAUGUGUUCUUAUAAAGUCAAAACGUUUAAAUGCGAGUGACAUAUUUUUAAGCUGGCUCGGAAAAACCAAGAAUGGUCUUACUACGCAACAGGGACCCGCCCGGCAGGUAAUGAUGCCCCAUCUCUCCCACAGUACCGAGGCUCAUCACAUUCAGCGUGUGGGACUGGGACUGAAAACUUUGCCCUGUGUCUGAUGACGGUAACCAUACGAACGAUGGCCAGGAGAGAGGCUCCAUUACAUUGACUGAUGGCUGACGUGUGUUAUGGUUGACGUCAUCAGUACCACGGCAAGGCAAGGAAGGGAAGAGGUAAACACCACAUCGGCGCCGCAAGGCGACAGAUCCUAUUACAUACCCUGAAGUUCAGUGAAGGAGGACUCAUCCCACCGGCAGGACAACAGAAGAGGGUGCCGAGACACCGCCAACACUGUACACAAUGAAACUGCAGGGAAUAUUGUGUCUAUUCUCCUUGGUGGCUUGUGUUUGUGGACGAGGUGUGCAGCACGUGACGUGUGGUUCUGUGGUGAAGCUGUACAAUACUUAUUACAAGGUGCGGCUCCAUUCACAUGAUGUCAAAUAUGGGUCAGGGUCAGGGCAGCAGAGUGUCACGGGCACUCCACAACAGGAAGAUCAUAACUCCAACUGGCUUCUGAAGGGAACCGCCAAAAAGUCAUGCAAGCGAGGGGAUCCUAUUGUGUGUGGUCAAGCCAUCCGCCUAGAGCACCUUGCAACACAUAGAAACCUCCACUCCCACCACUUCUCCUCCCCACUGUCUGACAAGCAAGAGAUCUCAGCAUUUGGAGAGGAAGGUGAAGGAGAUUCUGGUGAUGAUUGGAUGGUAAUCUGUGAUGGCGAGGCAUGGGACCGUAACCAGGACGUUAUGCUGAGACAUGUUGACACAGACCAGUAUUUGGGGGUAACUGGGCAGCAGUAUGGCAGACCCAUUCAUGGCCAGAAUGAGGUGGUGGGGCUGUCUCGGCCAGGUGUUCAGGCUAAGUGGCAGACGAUGGAAGGCGUGUUCAUCAAUCCUUCGGAUGCCUCCGAGGACAACAGAAUAUUCCAUGACCCUUCAGAGUUCUGAUGCUAAAUCUUAUAUAGCUCAACCAGUGUGUUUGUUUUUGUGAAUGAGAGUACUGAUUCUGAUGACUUUUUACAGAAAAUAAUUUAUUUAAAGAGUGGAAUGACACUGCUUUUGAAAUAAGCUGAAUGUUUCAGUUUGACUGUUACAUGUGAAGCAGUGUAGAUUUGCUUAUUUAUGAAUGAAAGAAAAUAUUUUAUACCUAGCAUCGAAGAUGCUCAUUUCAAGUCGAAUGAUGGUGAUAAGAAAGAUUCCACAAAUCAGUUGAUUUGUCAAUACCUGCUCACUGUAUCUCUAUCCCUUUUCUUCUCAUGUUGAGGCAUCAUUAUUUACUGUCAUUAAAUGUUGUUUCCUAUAAAAUACCACUGAUGUUUCCAUACACUCAAUAGAAGUCAGAUCAUCAUCCACAUCAUGUACCAUGUUACAUUGUUGCACUAUCAUACCUCUGUAUAGCUUGCUGAGGAGGUUAGGGAGGGGAGCUGUGAAAGACAAACUCAGAGGGAACAUGAAAGAACAAGAAAGAUGUCAA